AUGAAAUCCAUCUUGCAGAACAAAGCCGCCUUUCUUGACGAGCCAGGCGCUCCCUUGGUCGUUCGAGACGCUCCGUUCCCCAGAGCUGGGACCGGCGAGAUCGUGGUUCGCAACGCUGCCAUUGCCGUGAAUCCUGUCGACUGGCACAUGCAGGACAGUGGCAUGUUUGUCAAGCGAUGGCCUACUGUGAUCGGCUGCGAUGUGGCUGGCGAGGUAUACGAAACAGGACCAGACGUUGGUCUCUUCAAGAUUGGCGAUCGUGUCAUUGGUCAUGCCAUUGCCAUGUGGAGUGGCAGGCCUCAAGACGGCGCUUUCCAGCUGUACACUGUCCUCUCUGUCGACAAGGCAGCUCGAUUACCGCCAUCUGUUCCAUUCGUUGAUGGUGUCGUGCUUCCUUCUGCCCUCGAAACGGCUAUUUUUGCCCUGCACUCCAACCGGCGCAAUCCACUGCCAGACUUCUUGCCAGGCGUGUACACACCCGCACUCGCGCUACCCCACCCCGCUCUGGAGGCCGGCGUGCUGCCCUCUGCCGGCAAGGCGAUAAUCGUGUACGGCGGCUCAUCUUCCGUUGGCUCCGUGACCACCCAGCUUGCCGCUGCCGUCGGACUUUACGUCAUCUCUGUCGUGGGCGCGAAGAACUUCGAGUUAUCGAAGCGUAGUGGCGCCUCCGAGUGUUGGGACCAUAAGCAUCCUGAUCUCGUCAACAACGUUGUCGAAGCAGUUCGCAAGUCGGGAAAAGAGUUUGUUGGCAUCGUCGACGCUAUCUCGAUCCCUGAUACCAUCACCAAGGAUCUGGCGAUUCUUGAGCUGCUCGGAGGCGGCCAUCUUGCGCUUACACACCCUCAUAUGGGCGAAGAUGUGGUACCUGAGAACGUUGAAAUUGGUAUGAUCUGGUCUGGCGGCGUGAACGAGACUACGGGUCCUGUCUGGAGAGCUUAUGUCGGGGCUGCUUUGGAGUUCGGCAAGCUGAAGUGCCUUCCGCCGCCGUCCGUGGUUGGAAAAGGCUUGGAACAUAUCCAGGAAGCACUCAGGUUGUCUAAAGAGGGUGUCAGUGGAACAAAACUAGUUAUAAAGCUGUAA